UUGCACAAAACAAGAUAGAUAUUUGCUUCAUUCUUCUCUAUCUUUCUCUCUUUCCAUCCUUCCCAUCUUUAAGCUUCAAAGUUCUUCCUUGCUUUUGCUGCUUUCAAAAGCAAAUCUGACUUUCUUCUUCUCUAUUUUCUCUAAUUCACUUUUCUUCUUUCAAUUUUUUCACUUUAACUACACAGAACAAAGUCUCUUUUCAAGUUCCCCAUUUGUUUAUAUAUGGUUUUCAGUAUCUUCUUCUUCUUCUUCUUUAGGGUUUUUAUUUCCCAUUAAAAGUUCUUGAGCUUUUUCUUGGGUUGCUUCCUCUUCAAGAUCUUAUCUUUACUCUGCUUAAAAAAUAAGCUGAAAGAUUUUCUUUUUUGUUCUUUCCUCUUGAGAAAGUGAUGCGAAAAUAUUCCCAGAAUUUCCCAUGAGAUAAAUUGGUAUUAAGGUAUGUGUAAUUGUUCCCCAGCAUCAAAUCUCUUGACUCAAGCUUACAGUUUCAGGAAAGAAACAAGUUAAAACAGAGCAUUUGUUCAUGGAUUCGAGUAGCAAUCACAGUUAUCACCACCAAAGCAACCAGCCCUCUUCUGGGUUAUUGCGGUUUCGCUCAGCUCCAAGCUCACUUCUUGCUAAUUUCAAUGAUAAUGGAGUUAGUGAUGAUUCUGUUUUGAGUUUUCAAGAAUUUGAGGAUAGAUCUGCAGUAAGAGUGAGAGAGUCACCUCUCAGUUAUGCAAAUUCCCCGCAGAGUUACUCCUGUUUGCCUCCUCAUUACCCUAGACAAAGUUCAGCUACUACAUCUUCAGCUAUGGAUAGCUCUUAUGGAUUAAUGGGUUCAAUGGCAAUGGGUCAUCAUGAGCAAGCCAAAAGGCUUGAUUCAAAUCUUGCUAGACUCAAUAGCUCCCCUGCUGGAUUCAUUGAUCUUUGUGUUCAAAAUGGUUAUGCCACUAUGAAAGGGAUGGGAAUCCAUGCUGGGGUUAAUGGUACAAAUGGAGAAGGAAGUCCAAGAUUAAAGAGCCAACUUAGCUUCCCGGCAAGAAUACCAUCUUCUUUGAGCAUGUUGUCGCCAAUGUCAGCAAUCGAGAGUGAAAGCAUUGAUGCAGCCAGCCCUGAUAGUGGAAAGCUCAGAAAUGGCAACUGUGAUGCUCGAGCUUAUACCGCUACUGGGUUCCCAUAUGGUUCUUGGAAUGAUUCAAAUUUUGCAGAAAAUUUUAACAGCAUGAAAAGAGAUCCAGAUGAUAAUGGAAAACUAUUUUCUAAUAUACAGAACGGAGAGCUUGUGAAUCGAGUUAAUUCUCUAUCACACCACUUAAGCUUGCCAAAGACAUCAGUUGAUAUGGUUGCCAUGGAAAAGUUACUCAAUUUCCAGGAUACUGUUCCUUGUAAAAUUAGAGCUAAGCGCGGCUGUGCCACUCAUCCUCGAAGUAUUGCUGAAAGAGUGAGAAGAACCCGGAUCAGCGAAAGAAUGAGGAAACUACAGGAGCUUGUCCCAAACAUGGACAAGCAGCAAACAAACACAGCAGACAUGCUAGAUUUGGCUGUUGUGUACAUUAAAGAUCUUCAGAAGCAAUACAAGACGCUCAGCGACAUCCGAGCCCACUGCAAGUGUUCGAAUAAGCAGAAGCCAGUGCAACACCAAAUUGUUUGAAAUGCUUCUGUACAGAGAAUAAGAGAAAUGGAUAGGAACAAGUUCUUGUUUAUCUUUUUCUAUGCAAUGAACAAUAGGGCAACAUUGUCAGUUUGGUAGAAUUUUCACAGGAAGAUCAUUAUAUGGAAGCUAACAAAGCUUCCAAUUACACAAUACCUGAAAUAAAAUAGAAAAAUGUACAGGACAUGUUCUUGUAGUGCAUUAAUUCCUUGUUAUUUGCAAUUUAUCUUCUGCUGAAUAUGCAAGUUGCAAUUCAAUUGCAGGCUCUCUUUUCACA